UGAUUCAGUAUUGUCUUAUUUGCAGGUGUACUUUCAAACUCCCCUAGCAUUAAAUUACCAGAUGGUCUGAGUCCUGAUCAAAAAAAGCGUAUGAAUGAGAACAAAGUGAAGGCCGAAAUUAAGCUGCAGAGUAAGAAAACACCUGCACUUCAUAGCAAUAUGGGUACGAGUUGGUUUAUGGCUCUCAAGCAAGAAUUUUCAAAACCUUACUUUGAUGAGCUAAGCAAGUUUUUGGAUAACAAAAGAAAUCAAGCCACGGUGUACCCCCCAGCUGAUCAGGUAUUUUCAUGGACCCACCAUACAGAUCUUGAGGACAUCAAAGUCGUAAUUCUUGGUCAAGAUCCAUAUCAUGGAGUUAAACAAGCACAUGGCUUAUGCUUCAGUGUUCAGAAGGGCAUUGCUCCUCCACCAAGUUUGCUAAACAUGUAUAAAGAGUUAGAGGAUGACAUCCCAGGAUUUACCCGUCCAUCACAUGGUCAUCUGAUUGGCUGGGCAAAGCAGGGUGUUUUACUUCUCAACGCUUGCCUGACUGUCACUGCCCAUCAGGCUAAUUCCCACAAAGAUCGGGGAUGGGAGAAAUUCACUGAUGCUGUUAUCAUGGAAAUUUCGAAGCGCAACUUUGGUGUAGUGUUUUUGCUAUGGGGAUCUUAUGCUCAGAAGAAAGCAGCUGUUGUUGACAAGGCUUUCUAUUUAACAGAAGAAGCACCAUCUACUUUGUUCAACUCAUCCCUCGCCAUUGUCAGCACAUCGUGGAUUCUUAGGAUGCAAGCAUUUUUCUAAGUGUAAUGAACUGCUUAAGAAAGGAGGCAAGAAACCAAUAGAUUGGGGAUAUCUUCCCCUUGAGUUAUAAUAGUUCAGAUACCAUGAAAAGUGGUUGCACUUUCUCCAGUUGAAGUAUGCUCAGAAUAUUGUGUGUCAAAUGUUAUUCAUCAGCUUUGAAAUACAGUAUAUUUUUUGUUUAUCUUAUGUUGUAUAUUUUAUUAUGUAUUAAUAUUUUGUCUUAUGACUUCUUGUUAUACAAAAUGAAAAAUAAUUUCAGUUUUAUAUUUUAAUUUUGGAGAAAUUGUUCUUUUGCAGUGUCUUAGUAAUUUCCAGUCAUUUAUUAAUGAACAAUGAUGUUCUGUGCAGAGCUUAUUUGCACUGCUGAUCAUUACUAAUUUUGUUUUAGAUAUUGAAUAAGGAUCCCACUGAUUUUAGCCAGUAAUAAAAAAGGGAUUUUGACGUAGGAAAAAUCUAUUUCUGGGCGAGGAAGCCGUGUCGCCCAGUGAAAUGUGUCCUCUUUAGCACUAUUUCUAGUAAAAUAUUGCUAUGAUACCAGAGAACUGCUAAAUUGGACAUGUCAGAAGUCUCUGACUCGCUCACCUAAAUAAAAGGUGUCGGUAUAGAACUGGGGCGAGUGUUAAACACUACCACAGCAACCCCUCCAAUUAGCCUUUUCCUCAUCAAAAGACCCUGAAAACGGGGAGCCGACCUUGACAAUCUUUUUUUUUAAUUAGGAUAGAGUUAUGAUCAUCAUCAGUAUUUUAAUUUUUGAGUUAUUUCUGUAGAAUUUCUUGAAAAAAAGGUUUUAGUAUAUUUAGAAUAGUAUCUAAAGAUUACAUUAACUGAGUGCCAAAGUAAAGACAUUUAUGUUAUCAAGAAAUGAGAAUUUGAAGUAUAUUUGAGAAAGUUGUAUGCUGUGUAUAGGAUAUUAAAGCAGUAUACUGUAUGUACUAAAAUUGUGUUGUAGAAAAAGAAAAUUAAAAAAAAAAAAUUAGUUUCUUAUAUUUUGAAAUGGACAGGUAUUUGUUACUCUGGUAAAAAGGAACUUGGGUUUUGCAGUGUUGUAGUUGCAUUUCAGGUACAAAGUUAUGUAUGCUCCUGCUAAUCAUGAUUUUAAAAUUUUUUCUCUGUUAUAUUUUUUAUUACAUAUUAAGGUACAAAAGUUCAGGUUUAUAUUUGUUAAUUUUUCUAUUUGAAAAGGAAUAUUUAUGUUUUGAUUUGCUAGUAGAUGCUUCUUGUUCUAGGAGUGAGGAUAAUAAGUUAUGGUUUGAAAGGUUGGAAAUUUAUUAGAUACCAUAACAGUGAAAGAAUUUGAAAAUAUUUUAUACCUUAAUUUUGAAAUGAUAUACUGUAUAAAUUUAGAUAUUUAAAGAAACAAUGUACAUACACUUGAUUUUGUACUCUUGGAAUAUAUUUUUUUAAGUUUUG